AUGAACUUGCACAAGCUCAUGGAAGGGUUUCUUGAGGAUCUGGUUGGAGGCUGGCUCCCCAAUGACCAUAUUGGUGGUGUGGAAUGUUAUAACCCCCUGGAGCAUGAAUGGAAAGUGCUGGGACCUGUCUCUAGACAUCGCUGUGGUGUUGGUGUGGCUCCUCUUCAUGACUUCAUCUAUGCAGUCGGUGGCUAUGAUGGCACAACCUGCCUCAGUAGCGUGGAGAGGUACGACCCCAAGACGCAGGAAUGGAGACGUGACGUGGCCCCCCUGAGCGAAGGCAAACGAGACAUGGGCAUAGCGGAGCUGGGAGGCUAUCUGUACUGUGUAGGAGGCCGUGAUGGGAUCGUAUGCCUCAGCACCGUGGAAAGGUAUGAUCCUCGUGGGAACAGGUGGUGCAGGAUGGCACCCAUGACCUGCCACCGUACAGGCUUAGGGGUGGCAGUGCUAGACGGCUACCUCUAUGCUAUCGGUGGCUCGGAUGGCCAGUCUCCGCUGUAUUCAGUGGAACGUUACAAUCCUGAGGAGGAUUCAUGGUCCUCUUGCCCUCCCUUGGGCACCUGCAGAGAGAAUUUUGGCUGUGCUACAUUCCAAGGGAAAAUCUAUGCUCUCGGUGGCCGGGAUGACCUCACGGAGCUCUGUAGCGCUGAGCGGUUCGAUCCAGUCACCAAUGAAUGGUCACCGAUGAUGCCCAUGAAAUCAAAGAGGAAUAAGGUGAAAGCUGCUGCAGCCAAUGGAUACCUACUGGCCAUCGGGGGGUUCGAUGGUGUCACGCACGUUACCACUGUGGAAGCAUUUGACCUGGAUGCCAACAAGUGGAGACCCUUUGGAAAUACCAAGACCAGUCAUGCUGGUGGAGGUGUGGCUGUGCUGAAAAUGACCAUCUAG